CACCUACUGACAAGAUAGUUCAUGUCUGUAUUUUCAAUGUUUGACCGGAACAUACAACUGUCUAACGUUAAAAUAUCAUAGCAGGAGCAGAAUAGCUAAGUAAUGCAUGCAACUGCUAUUUUAUUUGAAAGUUUCAAAUGCCUGUAAUUUUCAAAACUCACAUUAAAUAGCCUUUCACCAUUCACCAUAAUAUGUGUAACAGAGGAUACCUGCCAAACCUGUUGAUUCCUGCGAAUUUGUGAUGAUUGUGCGAUACGCUGUUAGGCGCAUUUAGUCAGAUUUUGACUCCCCGACCUGAAAAGAAGUUUGUGCAAAGAAAAAAGAAAAAAAAAAUCAGGCGACGACGGGAAGUCAGCAGGGGUAAACCUCUCGCUUCGCUUCGCUUGGACUGCACUUUUCUUCCUGCAGCUGACAGCAUGGUGGUACUGAAAGGAAUCCCCUCUAUUCUGUCUCCAGAGCUGCUGUACGCCCUGGCUAAAAUGGGCCAUGGAGAUGAGCUGGUCCUAGCUGAUGCAAAUUUUCCUGCGUCAUCUAUUUGUGCUAGUGGUCCCAAGGAGAUCCGAGCUGAUGGAUUAGGAAUCCCACAGCUAUUGGAGGCCAUUCUGAAGCUGUUGCCCUUGGACACAUAUGUUCCCACUCCUGCUGCAGUCAUGGAUCUAGUGGACAGUGACAAGCAGAGGUUUUAUGGUGCUCCUGUAUGGGGCACCUACGCUAAGCUCCUUGAGCAGGCUGGGGUUCAGACGCCACCUGAGAGAGUGGAGAGGUUUGCCUUCUAUGAGCGAGCCAAGAAAGCCUACGCUGUUGUGGCGACAGGGGAAACGGCUCUUUAUGGAAACCUGAUACUGAAAAAAGGGGUCAUUCCUGCUGAAUCUCUUCAAUGAUAUGCACACACAUUUUUACAGUGCUCAACUGUCUGUGAGAUAUUAUUUGUUUUUUGUUGUUUUUUUGUUUGUUUUGUUUGUUAUAUAGUUGUUGUUUUUUCCACCUCAAAUAUCAGACAAAAAUUGUAACUAAAUACAUUGUGGAACUCCUUAUAGUACAAAAUGUAUGCACAAAUCAAGAAAAAUGAAUCUUUUUGCAUGAACUUUUUUUUUUUUUUUUUUUUUUUUUGACAGUGCUUAUCUGCCAAGAAACUGAAUCCACAACAUCAGUUAGUCUGGUUAAUAUCCUGCCUGAGGAAUCCUGUAAACUCUGUCUGACCUCUCCAGUUAUUUCCAGGAUUAUAUUGAGCAGAAAUGAUAUUGUAUUCUUGUAAAUAUUUGUAUUUCUAUUUUCUGGAUUUACAUAAUAAAUUUCAAUAGAUGAUACACA